UUUAUUCAGUGAUUUGGUGUAUUAUUUUGUGCGGGUUUCGUAAUUAAUUUUGCAGCACGUAUCUGUGUUAUUCUUUAUAACCGCUCAGUGCUGGUUUGUUCUGUUCUUUGACUUCAUGAAGAGUUUCCGUUACUUGUUUGUGUUUACAGAGAAGUGUACUGACAAUGGUACAAACUACUUGACUAGUUGUUAGCUGCUAUUAUAGCUUAGUUUCCUGUUUUCUUUGGUAGCUCAGGCAACGCGUGAUGUAACACAAGCUUCACUGUCUUCCUACCUGUGUUAGUGAGGUGAUAGCUUCUCUAUAUCCAGUAUAUCGUGUUUGUGUGGGUGAGAGCUCGGGCUGUCAUGAGCACGUCCCCUGGAGCUCAGCAGUCCUCUCUGCGCUUUGGUCAGGUCGUUAUUGGGCCACCUGGCUCAGGUAAAACCACCUACUGCCGAGGUAUGCAUGACUUCCUGAGUCAAGUCGGGCGCAAAGUCGUGGUAGUAAACCUGGAUCCUGCAAACGAGGGACUGCCAUAUCAGUGUGCAGUGGACAUUUCAGAACUAGUCACACUUGAAGAUGUGAUGGAGAGUCUGAAACUAGGCCCUAACGGUGGCCUCAUUUAUUGCAUGGAAUAUUUGGAGACCAAUUUGGACUGGUUAGAGGCCAAACUGAAGCAGCAUCGUGACUGCUAUUUCCUUUUUGACUGCCCUGGCCAGGUGGAGCUUUAUACUCAUCAUCAAUCAGUCCGAAAUAUAUUUGCCAAGCUAGCCAAGUGGAAUUUCAGGUUGACUGCAGUGCAUCUGGUGGACUCUCAUUACUGCGCUGAUCCAGCGAAGUUCAUUUCUGUGCUCUGCACCUCGCUGUCCACCAUGCUUCAAGUGGAACUGCCUCAUGUCAAUGUUCUCUCCAAGAUGGAUCUUAUUGAGCAGUACGGCAAGCUGGCCUUCAAUCUUGAUUUCUACACGGAGGUUAUGGACCUGUCUUACCUGGUGGACCAUUUAGCCACUGAUCCAUUCUUUAAGAAAUUCCACCAUCUGAAUGAGAAGCUGGCUGAGGUGAUUCAGGACUACGGCCUUGUGUCCUUCGUCCCUCUGAAUGUGCAGGACAAGGAGAGCAUGAUGCAGGUCCUCCGCACAGUGGACAAGGCCAAUGGCUACUGUUUUGGUGACUUGGAGGAAAGAAAUCUGCAGGCUAUGAUGUCUGCUGCCGUGGGUGCAGAUUUUCAGUUUAACCUAGCUCUUGGAGUACAAGAAAGAUACGUGGAAACCAACAAAAGGACUUUGGAAGAAGAGGUCAUGGACUUGUAACUGUAAUAAAAGCUUUAUUUAUUCA